AUGUCUGCGAGCGAACCCUCAAACUCUUUGGAAAAGUGCCUGACUCCGUCUCCUGUAAGCACGUGCGGAAGGCCUGAUGAAGGAAUGAUUGAAGACAGCGAGUACGCGCCAGACACGAACACUGAAACACACUCGGUGCAAACGGGAGCGCUUGUCGAGACGUCCAGCAAAGAUGGGUAUCUGGACGGAUCUGUUGAAAAAAUGGUCACUUUAGAUGUUGGCGAUCAUCCGUGUCCAGAUUCCAAGCGACUUAAUGAUGAUUUAGUCGGUGUAAGCCAGUCACCAAAACGUGGUCAUGGGUCUAAUACCUCGGCUCCACACCCAGAGGCCCCACCCACCACACUGCUCAAACCUCCAGUCACCACUGCCUCAGUAAGCAGGGACGCUUUGUCCUCCUCUCUGCCUCAGGCCAAGGUGAUGGCUGACACUGUGCCUCUCAGGUCCAGCACGCCGCUGAUGGUGGGCGCCAGAGUCAUCCCACGGGCUUCGUCAGCGCCUAGCGGCAGCGGACAAGCAGCCUGCAGUCUGGUGUCGGUGUCCCAGUCGGGACUACUUUCUGUGAGACCCGCGCCCCCUAAAAUGACCCCCCAGAGCCCCGCCCCAGGCCGAGGAGCCAUGUUGACAAUACAGAGAACGGCAGCUCCACAGCAGGGCGUGGCAAUGUCACGGGCCCCCCAGACCGGCUCCCUGCAGCUGCCUGCUAACCUCCAGAUCCCCAGGGGUAUGGUUCUGAUCCGUAGUGAUGGGGGCCAGUUAAUGCUGGUGUCCCCACAGGCACUGGCCCAGGCCCAUACACAGAGCAUUGUCCUUAAACCAUCCACUGUUACAGCUGGAGGCCUCUCAUCCCCGCAGGUGAGUGCAACAGGCUCGCCGGUUAUCAGAGUGUCUGUUCCACUCCCCUGUGCUGCUCCGACUAAUGUCCAAAAGACAAGCUCAAGCACAGUCAUUAAACCUGGCUCCGCCACAGGGACCACUGUCUUAAAGCCCUGCUCCACCACAGGGACCACUAUCUUAAAGCCCUGCUCCGCCACAGGGACCACUGUCUUAAAGCCCUGCUCCACCACAGGGACCACUGUCUUAAAGCCCUGCUCCGCCACAGGGACCACUGUCUUAAAGCCCUGCUCCGCCACAGGGACCACUAUCUUAAAGCCCUGCUCUGCCACAGGGACCACUGUCUCAAAGCCCUGCUCUGCCACAGGGACCACAGUCUCAAAGCCCUGCUCUGCCACAGGGACCACAGUCUCAAAGCCCGGCUCUACCACAGGGACCAUCGUCAAGGUGGCUUCAAGCAGCAGCUCCGCUGGAAUGGCAAACCAAAAGUCCACCUCCGUCACAGGGAUUACUGUACAAAAUCCUAAAGCCAGGCCAGGCAAUGCCGCGUUGGUGAAGACUGUUGCCAGGGCGAUCCCAUCUCCUGCUGUCAAUCAAACUGUCCUUGUGUCUGGUAACGCCCCCCGUGUCUUGUCUCCAAAUAUUCCCACACGGUCGCCUGCCGCCAAAGCCACACCCACUGCCCCUGUCACCGCUGAGACCCUGGAGAAUGUGAAGAAGUGUAAGAACUUUCUGGUGACUCUGAUGAAACUGGCCUCCAGCGACAGUCGCUCCGCGGAUAUGGCUCAGAACGUCCGCUCGCUCGUGAAGAACCUCCUGGAUGGGAAACUAGAGGCAGAGGAGUUCACUGAUAAACUGUACAUGGAGCUCAGAUCUUCUCCUCAGCCCUGCCUGGUGUCUUUUCUCAAGAGAAACCUCCCUGCUGUGCGUCAGUUCACUCCCAAUUCGCUGCUUUUCAUCCAACAGUGUGACGCACCCAAACCCCCAGCUUCAGCUCCAACACAAGCUGCAACCUCCACCAGCACCAGCACCCUGAAACCCACUCCAUCCUCCUCCACCCCUCAGCCUGUCGCCCUCCAGCAGACAGCCAGGCCCACCCAACUGAUUUUGCAGCAGCAGCAGAGGAGUAUGGUAGUCAGGCAGCCUGUGACAUCAUCAUCAUCAUCAUCAUCAUCAUCACCAUCGCAGGUCAUCUUACCUCAACCCAAACACCUGAUUAUACAAACUCACACACUGCCCACAGGGGCAGUUUUAAGGCAAUCAUCCCUCCAGGUGUCUAAAACAGUCCCCUCCCAGGCCCCUCCCGCAGGGGACGCACGCUGCUUCAAGGACAGUGCUGCCGGCUCUUUCCGUGAAGAGGAUGACAUUAAUGAUGUGACCUCCAUGGCUGGGGUCAACCUGAGAGAGGAGAACGCUCGUAUCCUGGCUGUGGGCUCGGAGCUGGUGGGUGCAGUCAUCCGCUCCUGCCCAGACGAACCCUUCCUCCAGCCCGCUGCACUGCACCGACGCAUACUGGACACUGGGCGUGCUCUGGGCGUGGAGGAGGUGGGAUCGGGUGUACUCAGUUUGCUGUCUCAGGCCACUCAGGAGAGACUGCAGGACCUGCUGGAGAAACUCACUGUCAUAGCACGCCACCGCAACACAUCUUACAGGGAUGAUUGGCAGCACAGACAGACCAAUGACACGCAAGCUCAGCUGAAGUUUCUGGAGGAGCUGGACAGGCUGGAGAAACAGAGGAAGGACAACGAGGAGAGAGAGACGCUGCUCCGCAUCGCCAAGAGUCGCUCCAACAGUGAGGACCCUGAACAACAGAGACUCAGACAGAGAGCCAAAGAGAUGCAUCAGCUGGAGCUGGCCCAGAUGCAGACCAAAGCCGCUAACUUGGCCGCUCUGGCUGCUCUAGGCCCUCGCAAACGGAGACCACUGGAGAGGUCUGAGCCGGGAGCCAGCCAGCUCUCGGUGGGGGGUGUUCGUCGGGCGGCAGGGCGACCGCACACCCGCGUGACUGUGAGGGAUCUGAUCUUCUGUCUGGAGCAGGACUGCCCUCUCAGACGCUCUCUGACACUCUACAAGGCUCUUCUCCAGUAG